AUGCCUGUGGGAGGGAGACUGGCAGGGAAGAGUGGAGUGGUCGGUCGUGUUGGUGAAGUGACGUCAUCGCAGCAGUCAUUCAGGCUCUGGCUGGUGGCUACUGUAGCCUUCAGGUACAACUGCAGACUCUUCCCUCUCUCUCCCACCUCUACCUCUCUAACUGCGUUGUUCAGUCACCUUCUGGUCGCCAUGGCCUCGACGUCGUCAGUUGUCGCACUGUUACUGCUACUGGCGCUGAGUCUGGUGCAGGCCCAGAACUUCUUCGAUCCUGAUCCACUACCCACCUCGUCCUCCAACGUCUCUUCUGCCGCGGACAAGAGGCCACCCUGUGUUCUCAUCAACCACUACUGUGGGAAGAUAGUGCCGGGGACCGGGAUGAAGAAAGAGUGUUGUGGGGAUCUCAUCUGUUACAAGAACAAGUGUCGCAGAAGAACCUGUUGUUAAUAGUCAACAUCAGUCAACUAAAUCUUCUCCGUUUUAAGACUGAAAACUACUAAUAUUUUUAUUUAUUUAUGGUGCUAUAUAAUGGUGUAUUUAGUUCAAUAAAUAUUUAUUUUAAAAAAUUUU